GUGUUUCAGGCAACAGUAAAAUGGAGAAGACAAGAGUUGAUCUGCAGAAAGAAUCCUUCUCCUGUUCCAUCUGUCUGGAGCUACUGAGGGAUCCUGUCGCUCUCCCCUGUGGACAUAACUACUGUAAGAUCUGCAUUGAGAGUUACUGGGACGAUGAGAGGAACAUCUACGAGUGUCCUCAGUGCAGACAGAUCUUCAUACCGAGACCUCGACUGCAGAAGAACGUCAUGUUAGCAGAGUUAGUGCAGGAGCUGAAGAAGACUGGAUCCCCAGCUGCUGACCUCUGCUAUGCUGGACCUGAAGAUGUGGCCUGUGACUCCUGCACUGGGAGGAAGCUGAAAGCCCACAAGUCCUGUCUGGUGUGUCGGGUCUCUUACUGUGAGCAACACCUCCAGCCUCAUCUAGAAGCUCCGGCCUUCAGGAGACACAAGCUGGUCCAGCCGUCCAAGCAGCUCCAGGAGAUCAUCUGCUCUCAGCACGAUGAGGAGAAGAAGAUGUUCUGUCGUUCUGAUCAGCAGGUCAUCUGUCAUCUGUGUGCUUUGGAGAAACACAAAGAUCAUGACACGGUCUUGGCAGCGACUGAGAGAAGAGAGAGAGAGAAAGAGUUGGAGCAAAGACGAGGGAGGGUGAAGAAGAAGAUCCAGGACAAAGAGAAAGAUCUGAAGCGUCUUCAGCUGGAGGAGAAGAAGAUUGCCCUCUGUGCUAAUAAAACGGUAAUGGACAGUCAGCAGACGCUUAUCCAGCUGAUCCAGAACAUCCAGAGAAGAAUGUCCAAGGUGGAGGAGCAAAUCAGGUCCCGGCAAGAGACUGAAACCGCUCGAGUUCGAGGCCUUCAGGAGCAGCUGGAGCAAGACAUCGCUGAGCUGAAGAAGAAAGAUGCUGAGCUGCAGCAGCUGUCGCACACCCACAGUCACACCGUGUUUCUCCAGAACUUGUCCUCACUCUCCGAGGUCAGUGAAGACACAUUCUCCUCCAGGACCCACGUCCCUCCUCACCACUGCUUCGAGGAAGUGGCAGCAGCCGUGGCAGCCAGCAGGGCCCUCCUCCAGGACCUCCUCAGGGACCUGUGGACCAACAUCUCUUUGAUCCUCACUCCACAGUCCGCGCCCAGACUCCCACUCCUCACACACUCACGGGACGUGACUCUGGAUCCGAACACCGCACACUCAAAGUUGUUGUUGAGUGAAGGAAACAGACGAGUGACCAACAUGAGGAAAGAUCAGUCUCCGCCCCCUCACCCAGACAGAUUCACUGACUAUCUUCAGGUCCUGAGUGAAAACUCUCUGUCUGGAUGUUGCUACUGGGAGGUGGAGUGGACAGGCUUGGCCGCAGAAGUAGCAGUCGCAUACAGGAGCAUCAGCCGAUCAGGAGGAGAAAGUUUAUUCGGAUGUAACGACAAAUCUUGGUCUCUGCAUUGUCACAACUCUGGGUGUUCAUUUAAACACAACAGCGUCACGACAAAAGUCUCAAGCGUCCCGUCCUCAAGAGUGAGAGUGUACCUGGAUCACUCUGCAGGUCUUCUGUCCUUCUUUGACGUCUCUGGCACCAUGACCCUGCUCCACAGAGUCCAGACCACCUUCAACGAGCCGCUGCACGCUGGAGUCUUGGUUUGGUCCAAGUGCGCCUUCCUGAAGCUGAACUAGACUUCAUCACCAGCACAUGAACAGAA